GGAUGUUCACAUCAUCUUGCAUCUACAGGAUUGUGGCUCCGUACUAAUGUCAGUUAAGAAUUCCAGUAACAUAAUCCUAUUACUUUUAAAAUCAUAAUGUGGCUUUGUGAAAUAAGGCAAAAUGGAGGAGAGAUAUAAGACUACUACAAAAAAAAUUGUGAAAACGUACUUAAAAUACAGUUUAGAGAAGGCAGAAGUCACCAGCCAUGAAUAUUGCUGCCUUCUUAGAGAUGGAGAAAAAGAGAAUGCAGGGACAAAACCCUCAUUGCAGGGGAAUUCUUUUUUAUUCUAAAUGUGUGGUUAAUUUACAUAGAAUAGAUGGCAUUUGUUCUAAACUGUAGUAUAGGAAAUAUCAGCCACAGUUACAUUAAACGAGGAGGAGAGAAGCUGUGGAUACCCUCUCCCUGGAAGGGUUCAAGGCCAGGCUGAAUGGGGCUUUGAACAACUAGGAUACUGGAAGGUGUCCCUGCCCAUGGCAGGGGUGUUGGAACUAGAUGAUCUUUUAAAGUCCCAUCUGACUCAAACUCUUCUAUGUUUUUUUUGGUUCAUGAAAUGCCAGGAUAAGAAAUCCAAUAGAUAAUCUGAUGUAACCACUACUUCUACAGACUGAUUCAGAUGUAGGGCUACUGGAGUGAAAUACAUUUGGUCUUACCUGACAUGAAUAUAAUAUUCUUCCUCUGAACACUUUCUUUAAGGGAAUACAUAUGUCUGGACCCUCUAGCAUAGGAUCUUAUGGAAAGUCAGGAAAUUGGUUAAACUGCUGGCAGUAAGACUUGUGAGAUGGUGACUUACAUGUCUGAUAGUUUGUCUAGAACAGAGUCCCUCUUAUCUUAUUGUAAAGCUUGUUCUUUUUUUUUUUUUCAAUAGCAGACUAUUUUCUCCAAGCUGUGAGACUUUAUCCUCUGCUUUUAGUAAUAGUGCUCACAUUAGGGCUGCCUACAAGCUUGCUGUAAAGUACCUUUAGUGCCUUAGUACCAUACGUACCUUAGUACCAUAAGGCUGGCUUUGGGGAACACACCUCGUUAUGUCAAGGUGCUGGCUGGCCUUUUCUGGUGAGAAACCAUGGCGAGUGUUUGUGUAUAGCUAACAAGAACUGUCUCUUGGAGGAGGGUGGAGUCUGCGAACAAGCAAUCUUGGAAGGGUACAGAAAUCAAAUGGAUUAUGUUCUGUGCUUUCAGACCAAAGGCUAAGUCUUGAAAACAUGAUCCCUGCAACUGUUCACACUGUCCUGAGUCCUCUAUAUUUAUGCUGCCACAGAAAGAACUGGUUACAGUCGAAGGAGAAACACAAGAAACACUAAGGACUGAAAUGCAGUUGCAGCUAAAGUAUCCUCAUCAUGAAUAGGUACACAACUAUCAGACAGCUUGGUGAUGGGACCUACGGCUCUGUCCUCCUAGGGAGAAGCAUUGAAUCUGGAGAGCUAAUAGCCAUUAAAAAAAUGAAGAGAAAGUUUUAUUCCUGGGAGGAAUGCAUGAACCUUCGAGAGGUUAAGUCUUUGAAGAAAUUAAACCACGCCAAUGUAGUAAAGCUGAAAGAAGUUAUCAGGGAAAAUGAUCAUCUGUAUUUUGUGUUUGAAUACAUGAAGGAAAAUCUUUAUCAGUUGAUGAAAGAAAGAAACAAACUGUUCCCUGAGUCUACAGUUAGGAAUAUUAUGUAUCAGAUCCUGCAAGGGCUUGCAUUUAUCCAUAAGCAUGGGUUCUUUCACAGAGACUUGAAACCUGAAAACUUGCUUUGCAUGGGACCAGAACUUGUGAAAAUAGCAGACUUCGGUUUAGCCCGAGAAAUCCGAUCUAGACCUCCAUACACCGAUUAUGUAUCCACAAGAUGGUACAGGGCUCCUGAAGUCCUUCUGAGAUCCACCAGCUAUAGUUCUCCAAUAGAUAUUUGGGCUGUUGGUUGCAUAAUGGCAGAAGUUUACACCUUGAGGCCUCUCUUUCCGGGCGCCAGUGAAAUUGAUACUAUAUUCAAAAUUUGCCAAGUCUUGGGGACGCCAAAGAAGAACGACUGGCCUGAAGGCUACCAACUUUCAGCUUCCAUGAAUUUUCGCUGGCCUCAGUGUGUACCUAACAACCUAAAAACUCUCAUACCUAAUGCAAGCAGUGAAGCAGUGCAGCUCAUGAGAGACAUGUUGCAGUGGGACCCCAAAAAGCGGCCAACAGCUAGUCAGGCACUUCGAUACCCAUACUUCCAGGUUGGGCAUGCCCUGGGUGUUCAGGAACUGGGAAAACAAAAGGAACUGCAUAAUAAAUCAUCUCUGCAUAUUAAGCCUGUCCCUCCAGUACAGCCCCCACCAAAACCUCAUGCCCGAAUUUCAUCAAGGCCUUUUCAACAAAGCCAAUCUUCUCAGCACUCAGUGUACCCAUAUAAGAGAGACAACUCUGGGACUGAGCACAGUAACUACUUACAGGAGGACAAGUCUAACCAGGUUCUUCUGCCUGCAAUUCACAAUAAGGUCCCUCAGCAGAAAACAUCUACUGGGGCUGAGAAUAUAAAUGGUGACCUUAAACCAAAACCUAGGCGAAGAUGGGGACAUCUUGCUAGGACGGUGAAGAGUUCCGAAGACUGGGAUGACUUGGAAGACCUUGAUUUCAGCUCUUCCAUCAUAAGAAUGGACUUGAAAAACAAGAAAAGGCAGAAUGAUGAAACUCUUUGUAGAUUUGAAAGCAUUUUGGACCUGAAGCCUUUGGAUGCUGUAGGCUCUGGUGCCAGUGCACGAACUUCCCAUGCAACCCUUUCACGGCAGGACACUCCCACAUUGCGAGUUUCUGCUGCAAAGCAACACUACUUGAGACAUUCUAGGUACCUACCUGGAAUAAGCACAAGGAAUAGCAUAGUCUCCACUUCAAACAAAGAGUCUGUUCCAUCUAAUCCAUGGCUCAGUUCUGAUUUGUCUGGCAAAACUUCUGGUUUGGGAGGAAGUAUUAACAGGAUGAAUUCAGGACCCAUAGGAUCAAGCGGUCUAACUAGUGGUUAUAUCCCUUCGUUUCUGAAGAAGGAAGUAGGUUCUGCUGGGCAGAGGGUUCAGAUAACACCAGUUGUGGAUCCAUCUUCUGAUUUUGCUUCUCUGACGUCAGUCAGACCCCAUCUGGGAUGGCCAUCCUUCAGUUCCCCCACAAAAAGCUCCCCAAGGUUAAUGCCUCUCCCACCACCAGCUCAGCCGAUCCACGGGCGCGUCGACUGGUCUGCGAAGUACGGCGCUCACCGGUGACUGUGGAAAAGCUCUCUGACCAGUGCAUGUUGCCCAUAAAAUGGUGGCCAACGUGAGACAAUUUGAUACUGUUUUAUAUACCUGUACAUUUAAAAGAGACAGAUCUUCUAUGAAUGAGACAUUUUGAAGCGUUGUUUUUUACUUAUUGCAUUAAUUUGAAUGCAGCCUUGUACCUUUUUGUAUAAAAAUGUUUUGUUAUAUAAUUGGGUCCAGUUAUUUUCAUAAAACUGAUACAUUUUGUAUAUAUGGCUUAGGGGAUUUGGCAUUUUUAUACAAUAAAUUUUUAUAAUGAACUUUUAAAAAAGUAACUUUUUUUUAUUAGAUUGAACUUUUUUAUAGAAGUGGAUAAAAAAAGCAAAGUGGUGCAAUAUUGCAGUGGAAGAGAAGUACUGAGAAAGGGGCAUUCAUUAGACAUUUUCUGAAGUUUAUGUGCUAAAUGAAGCUGUAUAAUUUCAGUGAUGCCAUGUCUCGAUGCCAUGCUUCUGUUGUCCUAUAUUCAUUUGCUUCAUACUGGCUAGAGGAGUGAGUGACUAACAGUCUAAACUCUCCUUUGCAGUCGCUGAGACUGCUGAAAGUCAGUGGGAGGCACUUUCUUUUUAAAUUUAUUUUUGCCUUUAAAAGGUUUUUGUUGGACUGCUAUCCAAAUUUACCAAAUCUGGGGAAUCUUCUUGUUUGGUGGAGGGUAAAUACCAUUCUGUAAAUCUGUUUUCUGACACAGUGCUCUUUUUUCCUGCUUCAGAGUUGCUCCUUGGCAUUGUUCACUAUGAAAUAGAAUGUGGAUCUACCCUGUUAAAUUCGUUUAAAUGUUCUAAUCAUUUCUAAGGAGAAAAAUCAGAUUCUGUUUCUUCUUUUUCUUUUGUUGUGAAUAUAAAAUCUAAAGACAUAUUUAAGACAGUAUUAACAAUUAUGAAACUUUUUUCAGAGGAAAAGAGUAUUAGUGAUACAACAGCAACAGAGUUUAAGGAAACAUAUCUAUGCAGCUGACUUUUCACAACUGUCUUAAAUCACUUUUGGGAAAAAAAAACCAAGAACAACCACCCAAAACAAUCCAGUGGAAAUAAGUCCAUUUAAGCUUACUUAAGUUCUUACUCAGUUCUUCUUCACUACAAUACAUCUUCAUUUACAAUGUGAAGAAUAUGUAAGCUUCUGUAAAUUAGGCCUGCAGGUUCCACAGGGAAAAAUGGGACCUUACCUGGUCCUGUUAAGAAAAUGUAAAAUUCUGGUUGAUUUCACAGAAACUGAUACAGCCCUUUGAAGAGCAGUUUAAUUCAGUUUAUAAGAGAGUAUGAGUUAUAUAAGGUUAUAGAGAAAAGAAAAUAGCCCCAUAGUCUGGUUUAAUUCUGCUCUGUAAAGGAGUGCCAGAGUCCAGCAGAAGAUUCAUUUAGAUCACAGUCAGCAUUUGGCUGUUUCCUGCACCUCCUUCCACAAAAGGAAGAUAAACAGUUCGGUGCUGUGGGAGAACCUCUUUUGGAGCUGUGUUUUGGAGCAGCCGCCAAAGCUGAAGUAUGCCGAGAAGAUGCAUCUUCCUACAGAAGUGUGCAGAAAUUCUCAUCUUUCUGAGCUCAUUGUGUGAAGGCAGAUUCUUUAUUUAUGAGACAAAUCCAGCCUAAAGGGAUCAGAGUAGGUACAGUUCUCAGCAUCCAGCUGUUUUAUGGGAACUGAACAGUUCCCGUGUCAGUGAGAUCCUCUCCAUGGGAUCUGCCAGCACACUCAAGGGGCAGCUGCUGUGGACUGGAGACUGAGAAUGCAUUCUGGCCUUUUCAGUGCUUCCCAUGGAGAAUUCAAGGAUCCCUUCCCAUGGGAUUUCAAGGAAACGGUACCCUGGAGUAGGGUGCUGGCUCAGUGCUAUGGUGGGGGGGAACCACGGGGAGCACUAGUUACUGUUUGCUGUUAACGAGCUCAGUCCACAGUGAAACAGAGGGAGCAAAAAUGUGCAUGUAAGACUUGCACAUGCCAAAGACAUCUUAUGUGUCCCUCUGUUAUCUGUGCAUAGCAAGUUAUGCAUAGCCAGUGCAUAACUCCAAACCAUACCUAACUGCUCCCAAAGAAGUGAUGCCAAUGCUUAGCAGUAAAGUAAAGCAGCCAUUCAGUUUCUAAAGCAUAUGCUGAUGGUGUCUAUGGGUAAGUGGAAAGGGAAAUAUGUAUAUUUAUGUUAGAACUGGAAAGAUAGUUGUUUCUCUUGGUGGAAAUAAUAUCUGUAUUUAUGUCUACAUAUAAUUUAAUUUAUUUUAUCUCUGUCUCAAGAACGAACACCCUGAACCUACCCUAAGUAUCCCUAGACUUAAGUAGGCAAUUUAACUAGUCUGGUCUGUACAUUUAUUUUCUACAAGUAGGAGAAAGAGAUGAACAAGUCAUGAGAACAGGCUGCUGAGGCUUGGAUUCAUCCUACAUAAGUGUGAGCUCCUUUGUUAAGAGCUGACUCUUUAGACCUGUGGUGAGUGAGAAUCAUCUCAAAAGAAAUCUGUCUCACCUGAGAACAUACUAGUGCUCUGGAAAUGCCUGUCUCUCUCCACUAAGGAUGGGGACAACUCAGAGAUUCAAAUAACACAGGAUGAAUCUGUGAACUUGGCCUGUAAUCUCUGAGCCUUUAUCAGACCUUCAGUGAUUUUUUUGAGUAUAGCAUUCAGGCUUUAGCCAGUCUAGCAAAAAGAUUAGAAAAAGAAGUUGUACUUUUUUUAUUUUGGCAUAUCUCCUCCUUUCCCAAGGUAAAGUCUUUAUUUUUGGAAGAAAAGGUAAUAAUCUUGAUGUUCAGCAUCAAUUCUGCCAGUUUUAACUUAGUGGCACAGAGAAUUAGCUAAGUAUAAUGGCAGCACCUGUAUCCUUUACUAAGCAAAUUUCUACUAAAUUUGGAAAAGUUCUUUCUGAGCAGGAUGGAGCUGACUGAGUUUAUGUAUUUUAUUCUGCUGUCUCAGUGUGCAAUACAGAUAUGGAAAAGAUGGAGGUCCUUGUUAUACCGAAAUCUGGACAAGCAGCAUAUCUGAGAAUUUAUGAUAUGUAACCUACUACUUUGUGCUUUAAUAUUUAGCAGGAUCUUUAUGCAAAAUGUUUUUAGAAUUGUAUUGUUUAGGUUUUCUCAGGCUUAGGUAUAAUAUAUAAUAAUAAUGACUGUUGGAAAUAAAGGAGUCUGACAGUGGAUUCAUUCACCUCUGUAAUCCGGAUUUUCCUAAAAGUAUUGUUUAAGUGCCAUGAUAUUAGCCAAAAAACCAAACCCAUGCCAGAAAACCCACUCCAUGGUGUUUCUGUAUCUAAUAUGGCUGUUUAUAUGAGAAGGAUGUUCUAUAAUGUGGGGAGAAAAGUAUCUACUGAAAGAAUAUUUUAGAACUUAACAUGGAAGGAAGGGGUAGAAUUGUCAAAGUGAGUGAAGAAGUAAUGGUUCUUGUUUAUUCAGUGUUUUUGUUCAAAAACAUUCUAAAUGUUUGUUUCACUCCUUCUGUGUCAAGUGUCCUGCCCAAAAUAAAGUUACUCUUGAAGAAGUA